AUGGACGUGUUUCUCAUGAUCCGGUGCCACAAGACCACCAUCUUCACGGACACCAAGGAGUCGAGUACUGUGUUCGAAUUAAAGCACAUAGUCGAAGGCAUCCUCAAGCUCCUUGAUGAUGGAAAAACUCUGGGCGAGUGUGGCUUCACUAGCCAGACAGCACGGCCCCAGGCCCCAGCCACAGUGGGCCUGGCCUUCCGAGCAGAUGAUGCCUUUGAAGCCCUGCGCAUAGAGCCCUUCUCCAGCCCUCCAGAGCUUCCAGAUGUGAUGAAGCCACAAGAUUCUGGAGGCAGUGCCAAUGAGCAAGCUGUGCAGUGAGGCCCCAGGCCCACCCCCCUAGAGACCCAUUCC